GAUAUUUUCCACUCCUCUUGCAGACGCGUACGUACGGCAGUGACUCCAGCGUGAAACGGAAAUUCUAACUUCAACUUUGUUUAUUAUAUUUCACCUGUACACCUCUCUGUUGAGAUCUUCAUCUAUAACAAUGGCUAAUCCAAAAUAUGAAUUCACUGUUGAAAUGACUUGUGGAGGUUGUGUAGGUGCAGUUGAAAGAGUUCUCAAGCGACUGGAAGGGGAGAAUGAUGUAGAAAUUAACUUGGACGCAAAGAAGGUGUAUGUGACUACAGCUCUACCUAGCGAAUAUGUGCUAGAGACCCUAAAGAAAACUGGAAAGGCAACAACCUUUGUUGGAGUAUGCUGAGUGCUUUUCAAAAUGGUUCCAGAGUCCAGACAGCUUGGAUUGCUUUAGUCCUGCCUAUUUCCCGCUACGAUGAGAUAAAAAUAACUGUGUAUAGAUUCAUAUUGUAGACAUUUGUGUAAAGUAGAUGGUGUUGGUUGUUCCGUAGAGUAGAGAACUGGUUGUACAAAACUAGGCAGUGUUUUUACCCAUCCGCACAGUAUGAUGCUGAAUUUCUAAGAUAAUGUACGCGAGUUGGAUUUUACUGAUAAAUUAUGAAUCAAAUCUGAUUAUUUAUAUCUGGGAUUGGGACCAUAGUAUAUAGUGGAAUAUAACUUUAUUGUGUAUACUUACAUACUGGAAAUUACUCAUAUAAUAGGAUAUACUUUGUUUUUCAACUUGCCAAAAAAAAAGAGAAGAGGGAAAAAAACAUUAUGUUCUGAGGUUCGAAAAUUUCUAGGGAAUUAAUUUUGUAUAGUUGUAGAGAUGUGUUCUGCUUUUUCUGAUGAAGACAAUUGCAUAGAAAAAUGAGAUUCAUAUCUAGGUAAAAUUCUUUUUUUUUUCUUUCUCAAAAACUGUGUAAGAUUUUUCUUUUGUGGGGUUUGGUUGUUUUGGGUUUAAAUUUGCUAGUACUACCUAUUUUACAUUCCUUCUUUCAAUUAAUUAAUGUUAUUUGCUAUCAUAUUAUUAUGAUGAACCUAUAUCCCCUUACUUUAGAAGAUUGCCUAUCAUGCAAAGAUGAUAUUUAUAACAUGCUCUUUUAUUGUAAACCAGCUGACAUGUCAUGACAUAAGUUAAAGCCAAAUCAGAAAUGAUUUAAUUUCCACUUGUAUUUGGUAAGUCAUCAGCUAAUGUUUUGCUUUAUUUCUAAAAAACUAGAAAAGAAUCAUUUUGAUAAUGUAACAAACACUGAAUUUGAUAUUGAUUGUUAAGUAUUCAUGAUACAGCUUAUUAAUGCUAUUUUCAUAGAGGAUGCAUCUCAUUUUUGAACCACAAAGUCAGCAUUUUUUUUUUUUUUUUUUUUUUUGGGGGGGGGGGGGAGGGGUCAUGCAUGCCCUCAAUUUGACCUCCCUAUUGUCUUGUGGUUCAUUGCACCUUAGAGUUCUUGAGAUAGCGUUACCAGGGAGAUUUCACAGGUCAUUAUUCAUAGAGGUCAUUCGUCUUAAGAUGUUUAUCACUAUAUUCUUGCUUAUAUCACCCAAGUCAACAAAACCAAAACUAUCAUCAGUCAAAGUCUAAGAGCUUCAGAAGUUCAGAUGAUUAUAAUUUGUAUUGUGUCAAUACUACUUCCGCUAGUAAAGAAUUAUCAAUAUAUAACAAUUCAUUCUCUUAUGUGACCUGUGUUUGAUUUUUCCUCUAAAUCAUGCUCAAAUUGUUGAGGAAGGCAGAUGAUUAAAAAAAAAAUAUUGAUAAUUAUGUCACAUGAACAAGACAAAUAUUGUAAAUGUUUGUUCUUUUUAACAAAAAAACAUGGCCGACCAUUUUUUGGGUGAUGAUGAAAGUAUAAAAACAUUGUUUCCCAGCAAUGACCGUUGUCAAUAAAUUUAGUGCAGUCUUGGCUUUUUUCCUUUAUUCUUAUGCAUUAUCCCAUUUUCUUUUUUGUUAACUCUUUAUCUAAGAAAGGUUAUCAGUUGACAGUUGCGGAAGCUAUGUUAACCAUUAAACCAAAGAAGUGGCUAAAUGUCUACUAAUGUCUAAUAUAUCAUCAAUUGUUUUGUUCAUAAACUGCUUGAUUGAUAGUUUGUAACUUUGUUUUCUCCCUCUUCAAUGCGCAGAGGAUAUAUAUUUACUAUAUUUUCUUGUUGAUAUAUUUUCAUGCUAUUAUCUAAAGGCUUAAGAUGCAUUCCUUUAUUUUAUGUCAAGUUUUACUCGCAAUUAUAGUUCAAACAUUUCUUAUCUCUAGAUGAAAUUGCAAAGCCUAUCCGGUGGUUAGUAUUUUGGGUUUAAAUGAAUUAAUUUCUUUUCAGAUAUCAUCUUUUGGGGCAAGAAAGGUUUUAAUUCAUGUCAGGCAUUUUACAAAAGGGUCAACAUCCCUGUUACUCCGACUAGAUUUUUUUUUUUUUUGGUAUCUGGGUUUUUUUCAGUUCACAUUAAUUCAUUGAUUUUAUGUAUUUCUAAAUGAGAACAGAUUCACCCUAGCUAUUGUUCCAAUACUUUCUGCAAACCAUGCAUCUUGAGCCAGAAGGGAUUUAACUUAAACAGUCCUACACAAAAUGAAAGUAAUGUUGAUUUGGAUCACGCUACCCUAAUGUCCAUUAUCCUUUGUUUGCAUAAUACAACUUUUAAUACAGAGUUAAAACUGGUUUGAUUCUGAACAGAGGGCUCUUUUGAAAAAUGUGCCCAUUUAUUCAAUAGUUUUUAUAUACUUGCAUAAAGAAAGUGUUGGAAUAUUAUCUGGAUGACUAGGGCUGUAAUUCAAAAAAAUACAUGUAAACGAGGCUGUAUAAAUAUGUAUAAUCAACUAUAUUGUCAACACACAUGUUUUUUCAAUUUACAAGUACAUGAAAUGCUAACUGAAUAAAAAGGGAAAUAUAUAUACUUGCAACAGA